GGAGGCGGUGCUAGUGCUGGUAGUGGUGCGACUGCCCGUGCUGGUGGUGGUGGUGGUGGUGGUGGUGGUGGUGGUGGUGGUGGGUCGGCGGCAGGGAGUGGCCGUGCCAGCAAGUGGUUGAUGGUCCUGCCGAUCACCUUUGCCGGCCUGGGCACGUGGCAGGUCUAUCGCCACCAGUGGAAGCAGGAUCUGUUGGAUCGUGUGGCCCAGCGUAUUGAGCACGAGCCAAUGCCGCUGGCUACGCCGACGCGCGAAGAGGUCGAGAAUGAGCUCGAGUACACCCGCGUGGUCACCCACGGCAGCUUUGACCACUCGGCUGAGAUUCUGAUGGUGCCCAAGCUGUGGGAUGGUGAGCCUGGGGCACACGUUCUCACCCCGCUAGUUCGCGACGACGGCUCGCGGGUUCUUGUCAAUCGUGGCUUUGUCCCGCGCGAGCUCAUGCCGCAGGACUCUCGUCGCGACUCGCUCGUCGAUGGCCGCGUUGCGGUCGCCGGCAUCCUGCGCGCCACCGAGCGGCCCAACUCGUUUACCCCCGACAACAAGCCCGAGUCCGGGACUUGGUACUGGCGCGACAUCGACGCGCUCGUUGAAACCCUCGACGUUCUCCCGUUUGUUGUCGAGGCCGGCGCGCCUCUGCCCACCGACGAGCCGGCUGACGAUUCGCCCAUUCGCCCGGGCGUCACCGUCAUCUCGGUGCCUAACAACCACUGGCACUACGCUGCCACCUGGUACGCCCUCGCGCUCGCCACCUCGGUCAUGUACCUCCGCCGCCCGCUGUGAGCGUUGGCUCUUGCUGCGCAGGAGGCCGCGUGUGUGUUACAACUCGCUAUCAAAAUCUCCCGUGCUGCCAGUUCCUGCGGUUGCCGGCAAACGAGCGCUUCCGGCGCACCAGAGGCGGGCAGCGCCUGCGAGCGUCCAGCACGCUACAUCAGGUAGUUGAGCGGAACAACGCCGGUGAGCCCGCUGCUCACGUUGCGCGCCCUGCACCAACCGUCAUCAAACUCUUCAAGCACCUCGACCUGGUCGCCCUCGGCGCACGCCAGCUCGUCGGUCUCGGUGCCAGCAAACGCGUACCGCAUCGCACGCCGAGUCGCCACAAUGCCAGGCGCAGGCGGCGGCGGAAGCGUCGGAGCCUUGGACUCCGGCUCGGGCACCGCGUCGGUCGGCGCGAUGCCCCACGCCACGAGCUCGAGAGCAGCCGCGUCCGCGUCGCGCGCCGCGGCUGCCCGCGACCGCCGCCGCCGCGACCGCACAAGCACCGCCAGCGCGAUGGCGCCCACCGCAAUGAGCGCAAAGCCUGAACCGGCGACCGUGGCAUACGUCGCAGUCGGCGACAUGGCCGGCGUCGACUUGGACUGGACCGACGCACCCUGCUGGGCGCCGGCACCGCCAGCCGGGCCGGUCACCGUCAGUGGGUUCGACGUGUCGCAAGCCCCCUGCGCGUAGUCGACCGCGCCGAUGUCGUGCGGCGAGCUCCGGGAGCGCCGGCAGAAGUCGUUAGUGACCUGCGAGAGCGAGACGCCAGCGUUGAUAAAGUUAGACCGCUG